AUGUCAUUUUGGAUCGAGACAGAAGAUUGGCAUACAGCCGGCGAACCUUUUCGCAUCGUCCAAACCCUUCCCAAAGACCACCUCCCGAUCGGUGCAACAGUCAAAGACCGUCGCCUCAAUGUGAUCAACACUCCCAACCAUCCUCUUGAUCGGCUCCGCCAAUCUCUAUGCCAUGAACCGCGUGGGCACGCUGAUAUGUACGGCGGCUUUAUUACAGAACCAGACGACGCCGGCGCUGACUUUGGAGUCCUGUUUUGGCACAAAGAUGGCUUUUCCACUGCGUGCGGGCACGGCACUAUAGCUCUAGGUUACUGGGCCAUUACUAAGAAAUUGGGCCAAGUGCCAGAAAAUGGGACUGUCGAUGUUGUGAUCGAUGUGCCUUCAGGACGAGUAGUAGCCAAGAUCACUCUUGAACAGGGAAGACCGAUUCAUGGGGAUUUCAUCAAUGUUAAGAGCUAUCAGAUCGCCAAAGACUUGUCGGUCAACCUUCCUUCAAGGGAUGUCGAUAUAAAGGUCAACUUGGCUUUUGGGGGAGCCGUUUACGCCCACGUUGAUGCUGCUCAACUGGGUCUCACGGUCGAGCCAAGUCGGCAUAUUGACUUCAUCGCCAUUGGAAGAGAGAUCAAAGCGGCGCUUGGUACAAGAGCACACUACGGAGACUACGACUUAUACGGUGUGAUAUUCUAUAAUGAACAAGGUUCUGGAGAUAUUGGAGAGAUCCGACAAAGAAAUGUUGUUAUCUUUGCGGAUGGCCAGACUGACCGCUCGCCUUGUGGCUCAGGCACAGCUUCAAGAAUUGCAGUUCUUCUCGCCGAAGGGAGAUUGGGUGCCGGGAAAGGCAGGCUUUUGCAUCGGUCUAUCAUUGAUACGCUAUUCGAGGCAGACAUUGUCUCUGAAGAGGCAAGCCCGGUGGAAUUUCCUGCUUGUAUACCGCGGGUCAGAGGAACAGCUAAUUUGGUUGGGCGGAUGAAUUUCUUCAUUGACCCUGCUGAUACUGUAUUCCCUGGCUUCCUUUUGCGGUAG